AUGGAGCUAUCAAAAUUUCUUCUAGUAAUUCUGCGAGUCGGUCUUAUGCCUUUUGUGAUAGCAUUUCCACGGCAAUCAAACCCUGGUGAUGACAAAGUCAUUGCGCCAAAAGUCAUGAUUAUAUCAAUGUGGACACCAGAAGCUGAUAUCUGGCACGAUAAUCUCCCCAGCUCCAAUCUGGGCAACCUCUCCUCACAGGUUAUUCACUCUCCGGGUUUCUCCAUGCUAUCCCCCUGUGCCUCCUGCACUGAGAACGGCGAUAUCUGCCAGCUCACUAUUGGUGAAGGCGAAAUCAACUCAGCUGCAACCCUCAUGGCUCUCGUCCUCUCACCCAAAUUUGACCUCCGCCAUACCUAUUUCCUAAUCGCCGGUAUAGCCGGUGUCAAUCCCAAGUAUGGCACUCUUGGAACUGUUGCUCUGGCUCGCUAUGCGGUCCAAGUUGCUCUCCAAUACGAGAUCGAUUCAAGAUCACUCCCUCCCAAUUGGGCAACAGGGUACAUCUCCUACGGCCGUGAACAACCGCACGAAUAUCCGUUCAUCACUUACGGCACUGAAGUCUUCGAACUGAACGCCCAACUCCAAGACACUGCAUACAGACUAGCCUCCAGGGCUGAAUUAGCUGAUGCCAACGAGCCGAAGCAGUACCGUGCACUAUACGGUCGUAUGGGCGAGUCGUAUAAAAGUGCAUCUCAACCUCCCUCCGUUGUUAAGUGCGACACUGCUACGAGUGAUGUGUACUACUCUGGCAGUAGACUCUCCGAGUCUUUUGAGAAUACAACACGAGUAUGGACAAAUGGCACUGGUGUUUACUGCAUGAGUGCGCAGGAGGAUAACGCUGUACUGGAAGUUCUAGUACGUGCAGCGAUUGAAAAGCUCUGUGACUUCAAAAGAGUCAUGGUCUUACGAACAGGCUCCAACUUCGAUCGUGGUCCUCUCGGCCGCAGCGACCUAGAGCAUCUAACUGCUCAACAAAACGGCUUUAACAUAGCUAUCGCCAACAUCUUCAACGCCGGCAUUGAAAUCGUCAAAGAGAUCAUUCGAUACUGGGAUGACACCUUCAAAGACGGUAUCAAGGCUGAAAACUACGUGGGUGACAUCUUUGGCAGUCUUGGUGGUGAGCCCGAUUUCGGUUUUGGCAGUUUGACUCGUGGGAAGCGUAUCCCUCCGGGUUGUAGAGAAAGUGAUUUGGCGGUGAGGGAGAUGGAUAGACGAAGGAUCCUGACUCAAAAGUCCCUGAGGAAGAUCUAG